CCUAUUCUUACUUCCACUCGACUUACUCCUUGCGCGCCUUUAUUUAAGUCGGUCUUCCCCGCAAUCUUUCUGAUUUCUUCCUGUCUUCCUGUAUAAUAUUGUUCUUAUAUAUAUAUUUGCACCAUGAAUACCUCUGUUCUUCGCACGGCUUCGCGCCACCUCUCCAAGGCGGGACGCCCGCGGUCCCUCCGCACCGUGCGCGGUUAUGCCACCUUCAACUGGGAGGAUCCGUUGGCGGCGUCGGAGUUGUAUACUGAGGAGGAGCUGGCUAUUCAGGAGACGGCUCGUCAGUAUUGUCAGGAGCAGUUGCAGCCGAGGGUUUUGGACGCCUACCGACAUGAAAACUACGACCGUCGCAUCCUCGAAGAAAUGGGCGAGCUCGGCCUCCUCGGCGCCACAAUCGAAGGCUACGGCUGCGCCGGCGUGAGCACGGUCGCAUCGGGUCUGAUCACCAAGGAAGUCGAGCGCGUGGACUCCGGAUACCGCUCGGGAAUGUCCGUGCAGAGCUCGCUGGCGAUGACAGCCAUCCACGAGUUCGGCACAGAAGAGCUGAAGGAGCGCCUGCUCCCCGGGCUCGCCAAGGGCAAGCUGGCCGGCUGCUUCGGCCUCACGGAGCCCAACCACGGGUCCGACCCGGGCGCGAUGGAGACGGUUGCCCGCGAGCACCCGACCAAGAAGGGCACGUACCUGCUGUCGGGGGCCAAGACGUGGAUCACCAACUCGCCGAUCGCGGACGUGCUGGUCGUGUGGGCGAAGCUGGAGAGCACGGGCAAGAUCCACGGGUUUGCGGUCGAGCGCGACCAGUGUCCCGCCGGUACGCUGGAGACGCCAGCUAUCAAGAACAAGACGGCCCUGCGCGCCUCCAUCACGGGCAUGAUCCAGCUGGACGACUGCCCCGUGCCGGCCGAGAACAUGUUCCCCGAGGUGCAGGGCCUGACGGGCCCGUUCACCUGUCUGAACAGUGCCCGCCUGGGCAUCGCCUUUGGGGCCAUGGGCGCCCUGGAGGACUGUCUGAGCCGCGCGCGCACCUACGCGCUCGAGCGCAAGCAGUUCAAGGGCAACCCGCUGGCCAAGUACCAGCUUAUCCAGAAGAAGCUGGCCGAUGCGGCGACGGACGCCACGUACGGCACGCUGGCGGCUACGCAGGUGGCUCGGCUGAAGGACGCGGGCAAGGCGACGCCGGAGAUGAUCUCGCUGGUGAAGAGACAGAACUGUGAUCGGGCGUUGGCGAAUUCGCGGAUUUUACAAGAAGUGUUCGGCGGCAAUGCGACGAGCGACGAGUACCACAUUGGACGCCACGUGGCGAAUCUGUUUGUGGUGCAGACUUAUGAGGGACAGAGUGAUAUCCAUGCCUUGAUUCUGGGGCGCGCCAUUACGGGGGUGCAGGCGUUUGUUUGAGAUAGUUAGGCUUGUAUAGAGUAUG